GCUAACUACAUUUCUAAAUUUUCAAAAGCUCCAGUAAUAUGCAAAUUAGUUGGAAGAAAAGUUCUUGAUGGAGUUGGUCAGCCAACAUUAGAGGUGGAAAUACACUGUACAGUUAAAAACUAUGCGAAGAGGAUUUGUUCCACUGUAAUGCCUUCUCAUUCUCAAAUACCUGAAGAUGCUUUACCUGAAAUAGCUAAAGCAGAUGAGAAAGAAAGAAAUGAGUCUGUUAACACCGCUGUGGAAUGGGUCAAUGAGUCGCUGAACAUGAUGUUAAGAGACUUGGAGCCUACUGACCAGAGUAAAGUUGAUAAGAUGCUUGGUGAAUACUUUACAAAAAAGGUAGAAGAAAAGAAAGAGAUUCAAAAACCAGAAGAAGAAGAAGCAGCAGAAGUCGCUCCUGCCCUUACUUCAUGCAUUUCAUCAGCAACCGUGCUACCUGGGGGGAAAAAAGCAGCAAAAGCAGGAAAGAAGGCGGCUGUUGCAGAGAGAACCAUCCCGCCUGCAGAGCCCGUUGAAGCGGCGCUUUCUGGCAGCGCAGCCAUCGGGGGAGCGUCGCUGGCUGUAGCUAAGGCGGGUGCCACCAUUAACCAUGUCCCGUUGUACUUCCAUAUUGCACUGCUGAAACAUGAUCAGGAUCCACCCAGAGAAAUGACUCUACCACUCCCAAUGGUUACUGUGUUGAACUGUGAAAAAAAUUCUCCAGCAAAACUGAAAUUAGUGAAGGAAGUUAUGCUUAUACCACCAGUUCAGUUAUCACUCAGACAGGGCAUAGAAAGAGUUCUGGAUAUUCAGAAAGAAAUGAUGAGACUGUUGGAGCCUCCAGGCAAAGCGUCCCAACAGCCCAAUCCUCCAUCAGCAGACAGUAAGAAAGGCAAAGCACAUAAGGCAGGGAAAAAAGCUCCGCCACAAGCCUUAAAAAGAAUAUCCCACUUGGGUUGCCUAAUAACAGGAUGCGACGAUCUAGAGCAACCAUUACUCCUAAUGCAAACUGCUUGUAACAAUAUAGGUCUGGAGCUAGGAACAGAUGUGUACUUAGCAGUAAACUGUGCUGCUCAUGAAUUAAUGGAUUACGUUAAAGAAAAAUAUGAAAUACUCACUGGAACCUUCAAAAGUCCUGAUGAAAUGGUUGACAUGUAUGUGGAACUGAUUAAAAAAUUUCCUUGUAUUAUUGCAUUGAUAGAUCCUUUAAGAAAAGAGGACAGACAACAAUGGAGUAACAUAUGUUGUGCUCUUGGUUCCAAAUGUUACCUGAUUGCUGAAGAUGCUGCCACAUGUGUUUCCAAACUUAAAAUUGACCAAAACAUAAACGUACCAAGGUGCAGUGGUGUUGUCCUAAAAUAUAUUAACGGAACCAAGGUGUCAGACCUCAUCGAAGUCACGGGGCUUCUGGAUGGGCAAAGACAUAUUACCAUAUUAGGAAGCCCAGAUGGAGAAUCUUCUGAUGACAGCCUUGUGGAUCUGGCGGUUGGACUGGGUGCCAGGUUUAUCAAGUUGGGAGGUCUUUCCCGCGGAGAAAGGGUGACCAAAUACAACCGCCUCCUUGCUAUAGAGGAAGAACUGGCCAAGAAUAGAACGCUACGUGAAGCAAAUCUUGAAUUUAUUGCUUUUGCUGAAGAAUCACAGCCAGAAAACCAACUUUCUGAUGUACUUCCUCCCCCACAGUAAGACUCGUUGCCUCCCCGGCUCUCUUGGCCAGUGCUGCACGUUCCCAGCCUGCCCGCUCACCUCCCAGAGAACAGCAUGCUGACCUAG